AUGGAAACAUUUGUCACCCUGAGGGAAAGUUCAGCAGAAGCCACAUCCCCAUUCACCAGGAACCCUACCUUCAAAGUAGAGAAGGAAAGACGGGGUUUCGUGGCAGGCGGGGCGUACUUUCCCGAGCAGUCUCCGGCUCCGCCAUGUUGCUUCCGGUUUCCACCGUGGUCGUGGUCCUGGGUGUUUUGGCCCUACGUUCUCCUUCUGGUGAAAGCCACACAGAAGCUGACGUCCAGCACCAAGCUGCGAUUGCACGGUCCUCUCAUGUCUGAAAGAACGAGGACAAUGGACACAUAUGAGGGGUUGGUGUCAUUUGAGGAUGUCUCUGUGGACUUCACCUGGGAGGAGUGGCAGGACCUGGAUGAUGCUCAGAGGAAGCUCUACAGGGACGUGAUGCUGGAGACCUACAGCAGCCUGCUGUCCUUGAACCAGUGUGAUCCCAAACCUGAGUUGAUCCUGAAGUUGGAACAAGAAGCUGAGCCAUGGAAGGAAGACGAUGUCCCAAACCCGAGCCUCCCAGAUAUGCAGCAUGCAAAUGAGAUCAACCAAGACUAUCAGAAGAUGCAUGGAUGCAAUCUGGUAAUUGCCAAGAGCAGCAGCACAUCAGCUGAGGAGAGGGCUAAAGCAGGAAAACCUUUGACUAGCUCAAACCAUGUUUUAAGACUAGCUGUAAAGAACGAUAUGUCUUCUGGAAUGAGACCUGGGGUGCUUCAUAUAUGGGAUCGUGUGCUUCUCCCUAGUGAGCCCAGUGAGAUGCAGGCUGUAGAGGAACUUGAUCUUCCUCAUGUAACCAGGGUGUCCCCUAGACUUCCUGAGCCUCUUAGUCUAUAUCACAGUACUAAAUGUGAAGAAAAGCAUUUUCAGUAUUGUGGGCACAGUGAAGCUCUCCACACGAAGACAGUGUGGAUACAGAACACAUUUCCUAUCAGAGAUCCUUCCAGUAAGUUGAACUACAGGAAAGGAUUAGAAAAGUUAGCUCUUCCUGCUCAAGGGGGGACCCAGGUACAGGAGCAAACUUUUGAAUGUAAAGUGUGUGGGAAAUUGUUCUAUAAAAAUUCUCAUCUAACACAGCACUUAAAAACACACAAAGAAAAGGAAUGUUAUAAAAGUAAUGAUUGUGAACCAAUAUUCAAUAUACAAUCAAACCUCCGAAAACAUCAGAGUUUGAAUAUGGGAGAAAAGCCUUAUACAUGUAAUGAAGAUGAGAAAUACAUUUGUCAGAAAUCAGAAAAAAGUGUUCAGCAGAGAAUCAUAGGGGAUGGAAGGAAUGUAUAUGAGAAAACUGUUUGCUCAAAAUUAAAUUGCAGUGUUCAACAGAACCCUCACAAGGAUGAGAAAUCCCAUGAAUACAAUAUAUCUGGAAAAACAAUUAGUAAGUCUAACCUCCAACUUGAGACACUGCACAGAUAUGAGAAAGCAUAUGAAUGUAAUACAUGUGGGAAAACCUUUAACCAUACACCAAAUAUCUACUCACAUUCGAGAGCUCACACAGCUGAGAAACCCUAUGAGUGUAAAGACUGUCAGCAGUCAAAACCCAUUGUGAAUCAGCAAGCUCACACACAGGAAAAACGCUAUGUGUGCAAUGUAUGUGGAAAAGCCUUUUACAAAAGAGCCCACUUAAACGCACAUCAGCGAACUCACACAGGUGAGAAGCCAUAUGACUGUAAUGAAUGUGGGAAAUCUUUUAGGCUGAAGUCAUUUCUUGUUGUACAUCAAAGAAUUCACACAGGUGAAAAACCCUUUGCAUGUACUACAUGUGGAAAAAGUUUCAAGCAGAGGACAAGUCUCUACACACACAUAAGAAUUCAUACAGGUGAGAAACCCUAUGAAUGUAAAGAAUGUAGGAAAUCUUUUAUUCUCAAGUCAUACCUCACUGUUCAUCAGAGAACUCAUUCAGGUGAGAAACCCUAUGAGUGUGAUGUAUGUGGAAAGUCCUUUAAGCAAAAUUCCCACCUUCAUGCACAUAAGAGAACUCACACAAGUGAGAAACCCUACGAGUGUGUUGUAUGUGGCAAAAGUUACAAGCAGAGUCCAAGCCUCUAUACACAUAAGAAGAUUCAUAUGAGUGAGAAACCCUAUGAAUGUAAACAGUGUAGAAAAUCAUUUAGUUUGAAGUUCCAUCUCACCAGACAUCAGAGGACUCACUCAGGUGAAAAACACUAUCAGUGAAAUGUGUGUGGAUGAGCCUUUAAGCAGAGUUCACACCAGUGUACAUCAGAGAACUCCCCCAGGUGAGAAAUCCUGUGAAUGGGAAGAAUAUAGAACACCUCUCCACCACUAGUCAGCUGCCCAUGUUUAUUAGGAGCUUUAGUGGGGAGAAACUCCAUGAGCGUUAUGUCUGUGGAUAGACCUGCUGCCAGAUGUCAAGCUGGUGCACACAUCUGUGAAUUCAUACAGGUGACAGACUUUUAUAAUUAAAAACUAAGAAAAUAUUCCAGCCAAAGAUACAUCAGAGAACUCAUAAACAUGAGAAACCUUAAGAGCAUAUAAAUGUAAAAAAAUCUCAACCAUAAGAUACAACUCAUUAAAACAUGUACAAAUGGGUGAGAUGUUGAAAAACCCUUCCCUAGAUAUCAUAUCUCAGCAGUUAUUAAGUAAUUCACACCCUAUUAAAGAAACCCUAUGAAUGUAGAAAAUCCUUCAACCAUAGGUCAUUUUUUUACUGCAUACCAAAGAAGACAUGGGAACAUCUCCAUGAAUGUUGUUUAUGUGCAGAAAACACACACUCAAGACAAACCUCUGUCCACCUGAAAACUCAAAACUGAGAACCCUAUGACUAUAAAUACUGUAGGAAAUAUUUCAACCAUAAGCCAUCUGUUGCUGUACAUGAAAGAAGUCACAUAGGUGAGUAACCCUAAACACAUAGGUGAGUAUAAGGUAAGCAGAGAACCUUUCAAGGGAUGCUGAGUCUCUUUGCAUUAGACAUGCACUACUGAGGAACCCCAAGAGUAAUGUAUACGGAAAUGCCUUUUUCAGUAGGCAGACCUCUAAACAUCAGUGACUGCUCGGAAGCACAUGAGUAAUGUAUGUGGGAAACCCUUCUACUAAUGUCAGACCUUCACUCAUACAGAUGUAGUCACUGUACGUAUCUGGAAGAGCCACAUAGUAUAAAGGAGACCUCAGGAAACAUUUGAAUUAGCACAGAGGAGACCUUGCAAAACAGAUAAUAAUGUGGGUAGUGUUUCUAAGAAGUCACUCAACAGGAAUUCAUCCCACAAAGUCCUUAAGUCCAGGAAGCAGAGUACCAUGUGCUCCCCAAGAUUUAUUUUCUUUGCUGCACUCAUCAGCCUGUGUUUUGCAGUCUGUUUCAGUUUGUGGGACCUCGUGCUAAGCUCUUUAGUGGAAUGUAAAUGCAUGUAUCCCGCUAACCCCCCAAAUCUUAACGAACUCCACCUGGGAGCCCAUCCAUAGUUGGCCUGAAGUGCAGAUAACCUUCAGUGUGUUUAGCAGCCAUGAAUAGAAGGGCACUGUGGCUUAGGAAUGUUCUGUCCAGAGAGCUAUGAUCCUCCUGCAUGUUUCUGCCAUCUCUAGUGUAUGGAAGGGAGGUCUGCAGAGUCUGUAACAGUGCAGAGCCACAGCCAUUAGUUCACUCUAAGAGGUGGUGAGGCAGACAGAUUGUCUCUAGAAAACUCUUAGGAGAGAUCUGUGGCCACUCUUCGUUCCCAUGCUGCCUUGGGGAAGAAGAAAUCCCGAUAAAAUUCCCGGAAAUACUGAGUGUGUUUCUAGUAAGGAUCUUCCAUUAAACAGAUCAUUGAAUGCACAUUGCUUUUAUGUGUGAAACCAUUCAAUAAAAUUUCCAGUCAGGUUUCGACCAAGGAAGAUUAUCACUAUGGAAUCUAUAUAUUAAUUUUUUUUGGGGGGGGGAGAAAUGUUAAAUCUCAUAUUCCAGUUGUUUUCCAAAAUCUGCAUGUCAGGAGAUGAAUAUUGGUAAUGCCUAUCAGUGAGCAUCUGCCUGUCGAGGGACAUUUGUGAUGUUUUAACUAGAGUUUGGGAGAGGGCAGUGGCACAUAUAAGGAUGUAGCUGAACAGCCUACAGUAUGUUGGAUAGUACACUCAUGUAUGUAUGGUUCAUGGAUAUGAGUAUGUCAUAUCAAUUGUGUUCCAUGAUGAGAAUAAACAGAAGAGAGUCUCCAUGGUUUCGUGCAAUAUGUGUUGCAGUGUACAUUGAUUCAUGUAAUACAUGUUGCAAUGUACAUUGAUAUUUCCCACAUUUGAUGCCAUUCUGGCCUCUUUAUAGCUUCUUACCCUCAGACAUUGUAUUAUAUACUUUCUUAGUCUUGUGUCAUCUAAAUGUGUGUGACAGUUUUACCGGCUCAAGUAAAUAAAGUAUUCUUUUCCUAACGUGA